UUCAGUAUUACCGAGAUUACCGAGAUUACGGAGAUAUCGCGGAGAAAGGUUGCCCCGCGGAACCCACACCAGUGCUAUUAAACUAAUUAUUUCUCAGUUUUUUCCGACGGUUAUAACUUAUGCGGCACCAAAGUUUUUGCGUUAUCCAUUCCUAAAUAAAUGCAAUAAACCCUGAAGAACAGUUUUACACUUUUGUACAAUCUAAGUGUAUCGACAUAUGGCGAUGAUAUAAACUGUGCGACGCGUCGUUAGUUAUAUCCGUGGGAAUAUUUACGAAGCAUUUGUUGUUAUAUCUUGUCGUAAUGACGUAAUAUAAGCGUCACUAUGGCACGGCGCAAAGUACCAGGUUCUCUGACAAUCGUUAUAAUGGUUCUCUUCACCCUGUUAGUGAUUAUUUAUCACAUAUUAAGCGACGACGUCGAAGACAUAUCUGCAGGCAGGGUCAAAGUCGAGGGCGUCUAUCCUCCUAACGAUUUAAACGAAAGUCCUUUUGGCUUUGCUACACAGCAGCAGCAUGACGCCGAUAUAUUGACGAAUUCCAAGAGUAGGCUGGCAUAUUUGAAACAUGAACAAAGCUACGAGGAAGUUGUGCCUCUGUUCAAAGGACACAAAAUCGUUCACUUGGACUUGAAGGGCGCUCCGCCUACCGUAAAGUAUUACAGAUAUUUAUUCCCAUUGUUGCACAGACUGGGGGCUACUGGUAUUUUAAUCGAGUACGAAGACAUGUUUCCAUUCAACGGCGAAGUAGAGAAUAUCAGAGCUUUGAAUUCUUACAGUCGUCGAGAUAUUGUAGAGAUCCAAAAACUGGCAAAGAACAGUGAUCUAGAAAUUAUACCGCUGAUACAAACUUUUGGACACUUUGAGUUUGUACUAAAAUUGGAGAAAUACAAGGAUCUGCGAGAAGUUGCUCGCUAUCCUCAAGUACUCUGUCCGUCGCACAACAAAACGCUUCCUCUUCUUUACGAAAUGCUGGACCAAGUUAUCGGCGCUCAUCCAAAUAUCAAGCACUUCCACAUCGGAGCUGAUGAAGUUUAUCAACUCGCCGAAUGCUCCAGAUGCUUUGAGGUUUUGGAAAGAAAUAAGUGGGAUAAACAGCAGCUGUUCCUUUCUCAUGUGGUGAGAGUAGCAACCUAUAUUAAAAAAAAAUAUCCUACAGUGAAGGUUCUAAUGUGGGAUGACGAGUUCAGGGAUAUAUCUGUGCAAGAAAUUACUGAUAGUGGGUUGAACAAACUAAUAGAGCCAGUGGUCUGGAAAUAUACUACAGAUCCAAAAGUAUCUCUGACAGAAAAUAUGUGGGAGAAUUAUGUUGAACUUUGGCCAGAAAGUGUGUGGAUCGCGACAGCGUUCAAGGGUGCUACGGCACCGGAUCGUUAUUAUACAGACAUUUCUUAUCAUUUGAGAAAUCACGAGGGUUGGCUGGAAAUCAUUCGCAAAUACUCUUCCAGGAUUAAAUUUAAGGGUGUCUUUUUGACUGGGUGGCAAAGAUACGACCAUUUCAGUGUUCUCUGCGAUUUGCUUCCUUCCGCUAUUCCAUCUCUAGCUGUGAACUUGGCAGUUUUGAAAUCGUCAACGCUGUACGAUUUUCCACACGAUAUUCCUGAUAAUAUUUUGAAAAUUCUUAAUUGCGAAACGCCGGUGACUUUGUCUAUACCUGAGCCACAAUUUGGCUGGACAUAUUGCGGCUUUCAUGGGUCAAUGAUAUAUUCCAUCAUCUUACGAUUACACACGCUAAACCAAGAAAUUGCCAGAAUGGAACAGGACAGUACAUUCAAGGGGUGGGUAAAAGAGUAUAAUUUGAACUACGCUUUUUCCAAUCCUAGUCACAUAGAACAUGCAUUGAGUAGCUUAGGCGAGUAUAAAAAUGAAAUAAUAUACAUUGAGACAGACAUGCGGAAGGCAAUGGAAGACAUCUACGAUAAUUAUACAAUUGAUGAGUGGAUUGAAACUUAUGUAGAGCCUUUGAAUGAAAAGUUGACCAAACUUUUGGCGCUUAAGAAUAGAAUAUUAGAACGUGAUAGUUGGCCGAGAAGGCCAUUAACGAAGCAUGAGCUUUAAACCGAAUUCAUCAAUAACAUUGGAUUGAUUAUACUUCAGUUUGUUUGUUACAAAUUAUCGACAAAAAUAUGCCGAUAAUUGUUAAAGUACAUUACUUAUUGUCCUUGUUAUCAUCCUAUUAGUAUACUACAUAGUCUGAUCAAGUUAAUGAUAAGGCAUAGAGACGUGUAGAAGCUCAUUUGUACUUGACGAAUCAAGAUCCUUCAAAUAUAAUUGAAAUAUAUAUCUAUUAAACUCACAGUACACAUAAUAUUUAAACAUGUUAUCCUGAAAAAAUGUAUGAGACAUCAUAAUUUGCGGUAUAGAUUUGAACUGAUUUACGGUCAUAUUUAUUCUAUAGUUACGUAUUUGGUUAUUUAUAAUUCCUGUGCACGUAUUUAGCAAGUAUAAUAAUAAGGAGAAGAUCGUUCAGUAGGGUAAAAAAUUCAUCAUUUAUUUUUGCGUCAUGGUAUAUGACUUUAUCAUGUAAUUUUUAGAGUAUUACUGAAUGAUUUAUAGUAAAUUUUGCUUAAGAAAUCUCAUUGUCGGUUCUAUAAGUCGUUUCACAAUGGUUUUUUUUUUUUUUUGUUUCCGUAGGCUGGUAGGUCGUCGUUCCAUGUUAUGCAAAAGCAUAGCUAAUGUUAAGCAACCAUGACUUGAGAAUUAGACUGAGAAAUAUAAUUUUUAAGUAUCUGUUCCAUCUUAUCAUUAUAAUGUAUGAUAAUGUAAAUAUUGUAACUAAUAUAAUAUCGAUAUAAAUAUCUUUUCAACUUA